AUGGCCACAGAAGCCGGUGCGUCAAAACGGCGCUGCGUAAGCACUGCAUGUGUUGCCUGCCGCCGCAGGAAAUCCAAGUGUGACGGCAAUUUGCCCAGUUGCGCAGCAUGCUCAUCUGUCUACCACACGCCAUGUAUUUAUGAUCCAAAUUCCGACCACCGACGCAAGGGUGUGUACAAGAGGGAUACCGAUACGCUAAGGACCCGGCACACGACCCUUCAAACGCUUGUUCAGGCAUUGCUGAACUGUGAAGAAGACGACGCAUUUGACCUCCUCCGUCAAAUUCGUUCAUGCGAUGAUCUGGAAGAAGUCGCCAAAUCGGUUAUUGCUGGUGAAAAGGGACUUCACCCAGCUGCCUCAGCGGCCCCUACUGCAGAAACUGACCGGCAGUCCUUCGAAGAUGAUGGUGCAGCCGAUCAAUUCGAGCAUGAGCUUUCAGGAAAAAUGAGCCAGCUUGUGCUGGAUGGCACGCGCAGGUUCAUUGGAGGAACAUCCAAUCUAAUAUUCCUUCCCUCAGACUCAGAAUUUGACGAGUCGACAUCGACGAAUGAUCACGCUGCAGUCAACGAGUCUUAUACCAUUCGACGAUGGACCCUCGUGACUGACGAUGAUUCGCUCAUCAGUCACCUUCUGACAAUGUACUUUACCUGGCACUAUCCUUUCUUCACACUUCUUGCCAAAGACAUGUUCUAUCGCGAUUACGUGCGUGGUGUUGCAAGCCCUUAUUGCUCAUCGUUACUCGUGAAUGCAAUGCUAGCCCUGGGAUGCCAUUUUAGCUCAUGGAAUGGCGCUCUCGCAGACCCGUUGAAUACCAAUACAGCGGGUGAUCAUUUCUUCAAGGAAGCCAAGAGACUGAUUUUGGAGAACGACGAGCACGAAAGUGCCAAACUUUGCACGGUGCAGGCAUUCGCUCUCAUGUCAGUUCGCGAGGCUGGGUGUGGACGAGAAGGAAAAGGCUGGGUCUACAGCGGCCUUAGCUUUCGCAUGGCCUUGGAUUUGGGUCUCAAUCUCGAUCCCAGUAACAUGGGCUCACACAAUCUCAGCGAAGAAGAAAUUGACGCCCGGCGCAUCACUUACUGGGGGUGUCAUCUCAUUGAUAAAUGUUGGUCCAAUUAUCUAGGCCGGCAGCCUCAGCUAUCUGCGUCAAACACCAAUGUACCCAAAUUUGAGGUAUUUCCAAAGGAAGAGACCGAGCUUUGGUCACCUUAUACCGACGCUGGUGUCCUCCAGGAUCACACGCAGCCAUCCAGAACCAGAGCGGUGGCAUUUCACAUUUCGAAGUUGUGCGAAAUCAGUAGUGACCUGCUUGUGUUCUUCUACCAUCCAGCUGAACCGGAGAAGAUCCAGCAGAAACAGCUAGAACUGAAAAGGCUCAGUGACAUCCAUACGCGACUCGAGGCAUGGAAGAAGGAGUUACCCAAGGAAAUGGAGCCAAAGGAAGGGCAACUGCCUCAGGUCCUUGUCAUGCACAUGUUCAAUCAAUUGCUAUUCAUCCAUCUUUACCGGCCCUUCCUAAAGUACAGUCGAACCAAUACUCCACUCCCGUCACACGUCUCACCACGCAGGAUCUGCACACAAGCCGCGUCCGCCAUCUCCAAAUUACUGAGAAUGUACAAACGAACUUAUGGAUUGAGGCAAAUAUGCAACAUUGCCGUUUACAUCGCACAUACUGCAUGCACCAUACAUUUACUGAACCUUCCAGAGAAAAACGCCCAGCGCGAUAUCAUACAUGGGCUUCGGAAUCUUGAGGAGAUGGCCGAAGGGUGGCUUUGUGCUCGACGCACGCUGAGGAUCCUGGACCUUUCAGCCCUCAAAUGGCAGGUCAAUCUACCUUCCGAAGCAACUGCGAUCUUAUGGCGUAGCCAUACCAAAUGGGGCUCGUGGGGCUCGUGGGAGCAAUCAGCCUCGCCUUCAGCCUCUGAGGGCUCGCAAGCCGUCCAUCCGCAUCUCAAGUCUACUGUCACAACACCAAGCCAAUAUUCACCAACCCCGAAUACUCGCCCAGACUUUUCGACAACGACGUCAGAGAUGACUGCGAGAAUCAACUUCAAUUUGCUGGCUUCCUCAAUAGAAUUAAUCGGGGAUACUCGUCACAUGGAGGCACCACUUCAAAAUUCCCAACCUAUGCCGAGCGCUAGCGCUCAGGGAUCGGAAUUUGUACCUUCAGAAUCAAGGAACUUGCGAUCUUCUUUCAAUCCCCACCUUGCCUCGGCAGGCUCGUCAUCCAUGCACCGUUCUUCUUCGAGCUGGUUCGAUCCAGCUACGCUAUCAGCACCUCAAGCUGUAUCGCAGAUUCCACCGGCCUAUCCGGGUACAACUUCGCCUGCAUUCAGAGGCCCACAGCUGCCGGUGGAUGAAAGCCAGGAGUGGUGGUCCCACGAUUCUCUCGGCCUGGGGACUUGGUCUGGUUUGUGGGGUACAGGAACGGUGCAUUCGCCUACCAACCCGCAGUAUCAGGAUGAUCAAACCCAACCAUACCCACUACCCAGUGCCACAGCUCAGCAAUCGACCGCAUCUUACCCACCAGCACAUCACGUCCGAAUUACAGCGCAAAGACCCGCAACUCAAAAGAACCCCACUGGUCAAAACAACAGCAUGGGGUACGAGGAGCCGUGGCAAUGA